AUGUUGUCCGAAAAAAAUGUAAAAGGAAUGUACAGAAGUAUAAUCAUGGAUUCUUCAACUCCAUGUCCUUUACAUACCUUCGUGAUCUAUUUGAAAGCGGGUUUUCGUUCUAUGAAGGUUCUCAUCUGUAAAUAUAAUCAUGAUUCUUCAACUCCACUUCCCUUACAUACUCUUCGAGAUCUAUUCAAAGUAUUCACUGCCCGAAAAAAAUUACUAUUUCCAUCUAGCAGCGUUUCAGACAUGGAAAUGGCUAUGAAAUAUAAUUGCGAUUCUUCAUCUCCACAUCCUUUACAUAUUCUUCGUGAUUUUAUUCGAAAGCGUAGGGACUCACCACAUGAUGAUAUAGAGAACACUAAUAAAUUUUGUAUUAGCGAGUCAUUGGAUACCAUGAUUAGUACCACGACUGGUACUGACAAUAAUAUAAUUAUGCUAGAAGAUCUUGAAGUGACUAAACAGGUACAAGAUGCAUUGGAUGUCAAGAUAGCAUUGUUAAUUUCUGAUCUAGAAGAAUGCAAAAUAUUUCUAGAUGUCAUUGAAGUAUUAUAUAAUAUUGAUAAUAAUUUUUAUGAUGAAGUCAUUCUUGGAAGGACCAAAAAACAAAAAAUUUAA